GCAACACAGUGUGGGUGUCUGCCUGUCAAACCAGAGGCCCUGUGUCAACAGCAGAGGGAAGAAGAAGAGCCGUAGAGGAGGAAACCAGAAAGUAACUGCUGCAGACAUGGACCUGCGGUCUGAGCUGCUAAAGUCCAUCUGGUACGGUUUCACAGCCCUGGAUCUGGAGAAGAGCGGUAAGGUGUCCAAGUCUCAGCUGAAGGUGCUGUCCCACAAUCUGUGCACAGUCUUGUGUAUCCCACAUGACCCUGUCGCUUUGGAGGAUCACUUCAGGGAUGAUGAUGACGGUCCCGUUUCCAGUCAGGGUUACAUGCCUUACCUCAACAAAUACAUCUUGGAUAAGGUUAUUGAAGGCUCUUUUACUAAGGAAAACGUAGAUGAACUCUGUUGGACUCUUACGGCAAAGAAGAACUACCAGACGGACAAAACCAGCAGCACAGUUCUGCCAGAGAGGGAUGCUUUUCGGCUUUGGUGCCUUUUUAAUUUUCUCUCUGAGGACAAGUACCCUUUGGUUAUGGUUCCUGAUGAGGUGGAGUACCUCCUCAAGAAGAUAUGCAUGUCUAUGAGUAUCGAAUUCAACUGUGUUGAAUUAGAAGACUUCUUCUCCCAGGACUCAGUGCAGCAGACCGGCAUCACUGUGUGGGUUUUUCUGGAGAUGAUGAACUCGGGAAAGUUAACCAGAGGAAUCGAUAAGAGCAUAACCAGUAUGGCCAUAGAGGAAGUUUACAGGGAGAUAGUUGGUGAUGUCCUCAAAGAGGGUUAUCUGUGGAAGAAAGGCCAGCUGAGGAGAAACUGGAAGGAGCGCUGGUUCACUUUGAGGCCGAGCAGCUUGUCCUACUACACCGGGGAGGACCGCAAGGACUGCCAGGGAAACAUAGUCCUGGAUGGGAACUGCUGUGUGGAGGUGCUACCAGACCGGGAUGGGAAGAGGUGCAUGUUCUGUCUAAAAACACUCUCCAAGACUUAUGAGAUGAGCGCAUCCGACACCAAACAGAGACAGGAGUGGACUACAGCUAUUCAAACAGCUAUCAGGCUGCAUGUGGAGGGGAAAACGUCCCUCCACAAAGAUUUGAAGUUGAAGCGGCGUGAACAGCGGGAGCAGCGGGACAAGAGAUGCCACGCCAAAGAGGAGGAGCUGCAGAGGCUGCGGGCCCUGCAGGAAGAGCGGGAGCGGGGGCUGGUCGAGCUAGAUCUCCUCAAGGAGGCGCAAAAGCAGGCUCAGGCCCUCCUGGAGCAGGACGAGCAGCGGAGGCGGCAGCAGCACGAACAGAUGCAGCGGGCCCUGGAGGUCCAGCUAAAGGAGGCCGAGGAGGCUCGGGUCAGUAUGCAGGCUGAGAUGGUUCUGAAGGAGGAGGAGGCCGAGAGGCAGAGGAAGAGGAUCCAGGAGCUGGAGGAGAUGCAGAAGCGUCUGGAGGAGGCGCUGCAGCUGGAGAUCAAGGCCAGGCGGGAUGAGGAGGUCUUCCGCUACGCUCAAGCAGGGUUACUGGCCGAGGAGGAAGAGAAAAUGAAGGCCCUGAUGUGCCUGCAGGAGGAACAGGAGGAGUACAUCCUGAAGACCCAGAGGGAGAAGCAGGAGCUGAGACAGGAAAUGGAGGUUAAGUCCCGGUCCCUGGAUGAGGCUCAGAGGCAGCUGGAAGAGGUGCGGGCCAACCGGCACAAAGUGGACCAGGAUGUCGUGGCUGCCCAGAAGAAACUCCGCCAGGCGAGCACCAACGUCAAACACUGGAACGUCCAGAUGAACAGACUGAUGCGACCCAUCGGACCAGGCGAAAAGAGACCAUCGUUGGGAAGUUCCUUCGCAAGCUUCCAGAUCCCGACACAGAGAGAUCCCGGGCUGCGUAUCAGGAGGAAAUCAGGAUCAGAGGAUCAGAAUGAGGAGAGCAAAGAAAACGUUGACAACAGUGCUGGAUGUGAUCUAGAGAAACGGCACUCCCAUGCCUCAAAUGGAGACAUGGACAUCCCAUAAAAACAUGAAUUCAGAGGCUACGUAGGUUUCUGAAAAGGAUGGUACGAGAUUAAAACAGUGAAACAUCUGCACUUAAAACUGAAUUAACUACCAAAAGUACUACUGUUCCUAUUAAAUGUUGAAUUUACUGACUUCAUAUCACAGAAAGGAACCCUUUUUUAACAUUUUAGCAAGAAGAUGCAUUUGCAUAAGCAACUAAUUCUUUGAAUGCAGCCUGUGUGAGGCCUGUUCGGGACAUAAACCAUACCUCAGUGCAAAAAACAUGAGCUGUAAGCAAGAUCCUGAAAUAACUAAUUAAGUUGUGAAGUUUAAAGGCUAAUACUUACAUACAAUACAAGGAAGCUCAUCUGUUUAACUCUGUAAUAUAGACACAUAACAACAUUUCAUUUUUAAAUGUGGAUUUUUUUGGAGUGGAAGGCAGCUUGACUUUUUUACGCAAAAAGUUGGAUCAGUAUUAGAGUUUUCAGUCGAUGAAUAUCACUCCUGAUAAACAGGAAAGAGUGAGAGAGAGAGCAGCUCUCAUUGAACUUCCUGUUUCUGUUGUCGGUUAACAUAAUUGUAAAUAAAAGAGUGAAUUGAUUCCUUAACCUGA